CUCAACCUGAGCGAGGAGCAGCUCGAAGCACAGAAAGUGACCAAAGGCGCGAGACACAAAAUCGUCAUCAGCAUCCAGAAACUGAAAGAACGACAGAGUCAACUCCGCAGCCUGGAGAAGGAGGUGCUGGAGGGGGCGUCUCUUCGUGGGGCUCUUCAGGAGCUUCAUCAGAUGAUCCUCACUCCCAUCAGGCCGUUCACCUGCGACACGAGCCCCGCCCCCGGAGCGCACCUGUCGCACCUGAGCGGGGGCGGGGCCAGCGGCGGGGAGGCGGAGUCCGGAGCCAACGCCAUCGCCGAGGGAGACCUGCCCGCGCAGUUCACCCGCGUCAUGGGCAAAGUUUGUACUCAGCUGCUCGUGUCUCGCGCUGAUGAAGAAAACCUGAGUCUGUAUCUGCAGCUGCUCGACAAGUGUCUGAUCCACGAGUCGUUCACUGAGACUCAGAAGAAGCGUUUGGUUUCGUGGAAGCAGCAGGUUCAGAAACUGUUUCGCUCCAUCCCCCGAAAAACUCUGCUGGACCUGACGGCCUACAGGAGGAGCGCUCGGGGCUUCGGUCAGUCCAACUCUCUUCCCUCGGGGUCCCUGGGGCCCUCGGUGCGUCGGGGCCUCAGACAGUACCAGAUGCCCUCCCGCAGUCUCCCAGGGGCCCGACUCGGACUCCUGCCCAGCUCCGGAGCCCUGCUGGGGGCCCCGACCCGGAGCAGCACCCCCACAGGACGACAGGGUCUGUGGUUCGCUAACCCCGGGGGCAGUAACAGUGUCCCGAGUCGGACUCACCCCAACGUGACCCGCACCCGCUCCCUCCCCGUGCCCCCCACCCUGCACCUGCUGCACCCGGAUUUGCAGGCGACUCCGACGCCGAUGGAGCCCGACAUCAACAACCGCCUCGAGUCUCUGUGUCUGAGUAUGACUGAACACGCCCUCGGAGACGGCGCCGACCGCACGUCCACCAUCUGACCUCUGACCUGAUGACAUCACCACCCGCAUGAGCCCCGCCCACACCAGCCCCACCCACACAAGCCCCGCCCACACAAGCCCCGCCCACACGCCGGGUCGAGGUACGGGACUCCGGCAAAAACCCGCUCACCGGAACCACCCACUGCCCACUGCCAGGACAGGAACCAACACAGCGGGCUUCUCCGGGGUUCUAGAGGGUUCUGCGGGGUUCUAGAGGGUUCUGCGGGGUUCUAGAGGGUUCUGCGGGGUUCUAGAGGGUUCUGCGGGGUUCUAGAGGGUUCUACGGGGGGCUAAUCUGGAACAGUUGACAGCAGCAGGAUUCUGAGGAGGAGGAGCCGCUCGGAGUUUGUGCCAAAAGAUUCCCACGCGGUAAAAGUUUGUUGGAAAAAAACGACGGCGAUGACGUGAAAGGGAGGAAGUACGACAGGAAGUGACAUCAGAAGGAAGCAGGAAGUGGAGCGAGGAGGCGGUCGGUGCCGGAUUUGGACGCUCAGCUCUCAGGGUGAAGGUACGGAUCAGGAAGAGCAGACGGACCUGCUGUGGACUAAACCAGGUCUAAACCAGGACUAAACCAGGACUAAACCAGAUCUAAACCAGGACUAAACCAGGACUAAACCAGGACUAAACCAGGUCUAAACCAGAACUAAAUCAGGUCUAAACCAGGACUAAACCAGGUCUAAACCAGGUCUAAACCAGGUCUAAACCAGAACUAAACCAGGACUAAACCAGAACUAAACCAGAACUAAACCAGGUCUAAACCAGGACUAAACCAAGUCUAAACCAGGUCUAAACCAGGUCUAAACCAGGACUAAACCAGGACUAAACCAGGUCUAAACCAGGACUAAACCAGGUCUAAACCAGAACUAAACCAGGACUAAAACAGGUCUAAACCAGGUCUAAACCAGAACUAAACCAGGACUAAACCAGGUCUAAACCAGGUCUAAACCAGAACUAAACCAGGUCUAAACCAGGUCUAAACCAGAACUAAACCAGGACAGUUUUUUCUGGGGUGAUUGAGGUGAGAUCGUAUCGUCCAAUCAGAGCAGAGCGUCCGGAGCGGCACCGACCAAUGGGAUGACGGUGUUUAACUGGAAGGAAGUGGGAAGUGUGGAUCCAAUCAGAGGCCGGUCCUCUGGUCACGUGACAGGAAAUGGUGUGGUGGAUUUGAGCGGCGAACGAUCCGUGUCGGUUUGUUUCUUCGUUAACUCGGUCCCUCCUCAUUUUACUCACAUUUAAAAUCCAACUGUUACAAACGGAGCUCAGCGGGCGCUGCCCCUGGUCCAGGUCCAGGUCGCUCCAGGUCCGGUCCACAUGUUUAUGUUCAUUUAAACGGCUCCGUGCUACGUGCUACGUGCUAACAAACAUCCAGAGCCCUGCAGGUUUUAUUUUAUUUAUUUAUUUUGUGAUAUUCAAAUAUUUUGAAUGUCCAGAACAACAACGACAGUUUAAUCAGAUGUUUUAUAUUUCCACGUCUACAUGAGCUCGUCUUCACGCUCAUGUCACUUUAUCUGGAAUGUUCCAAAUUAAGAUUUUAUUUAAUUUUUUAAGCUUUAAGAAAAAAACAUUUUCUAUACAAAUUCUAAUCUAAACUAUGGAAGCACAUUUCUGCCAGAAAAUAAAAAAUAAAAGCCUCACAGAAAGUCCGAAUUCAGAGUUUUAAGUCAAAAAUACGAGUUUAAAAGUCAGAAUUCGGACUAACUGCGAAGCUUUUAUUUGAUUUUACUGGCAGAAAUGGACUUUGAUAUUUAAACCAUCAACACACAAUAAAAUAA